UUGUGCUACACCGACCGCGGGUGCUCGUUCGCGUUCCCGUUUCAGUUUCCAUUGUUUUUCCGUCUCCAGGUUUUCUGUUCCGCUUGCUCGUUCGUCCGCGAACGCAGAAGACGCAUUGUGACCCGAGGCAUUGUUGUCCCCGGGUCGAUCAGCGGUGAUUGUUCGACGACGCUGUCACCGCCGAGGCGCGCGAUGUACGUGACGACAACGCAACGCUGUUCCAGAACGGGACCGUGAAGCGCGCACAACGUACGUCGGCGCCGAGGAAAAGCACGAGAGUAAGAAGAGUUACGCGAGAAAUCAAACAGGCACCAGCCUCGGACGCAUGAAAGGUCGCGGUUGCGGCAAGAUCAAGAGCGAGACAAUGCCGCCGUCCUCGCACACGAACUGGACGAGGCCGUUGCUCAAAGGUGAGCAGAGCACGCAGAUGCAAAUUGCGAAACAGCAUCAACAACAGCAACAGCAGCAACAGCAGCAGCAGCAGCAGCAGUCGAUGCCAACGUCACCGAUAGCAACAGCAGCCACGACAACCUCCUCGACAGCUGUUGGGACCGGAACCGGAGCGCAGAAUCAAAACAUUAUAGAACAUCCCGCAACACCGCUCGACAAGAGAAUUAAAGUAGUUCUAGUGGGCGACGGAGCGGUCGGAAAAACCAGUCUGGUUGUUUCUUAUUCCACCAACGGCUUCCCAGGGGAAUAUGUACCAACUGCAUUUGACAAUUACAACGUGGUCGUUAAUGUCGACGGGCAGCCGCUGAAUGUCCAGCUGUGCGAUACAGCAGGACAGGACGACUUCGAUCCCCUGAGGUCACUAUGCUAUCCUGAAACGGAUGUGUUCCUAGUUUGCUUCAGUGUUGUGUGUCCUUCGUCUUAUCACAGUGUGUCUUCCAGAUGGAUUAACGAAGUGAGAAAAUAUUGCCCCAAUGCUCCAAUCAUUUUGGUAGGAACGAAAAGCGACUUGAGAUCGGACGUACGUUUGAUGUUGCAACUGGCGAGAUACGGCCAGGCGCCGAUCACCACUAUCCAGGGUCAUCAGUUAGCGCAGAGGCUAGGCGCCGUUAAUUAUGUGGAGACGUCCGCGUUAACGCAACACGACCUUAAAGAGGCCUUCGAUCAGGCGAUAGUUAGUGCCCUCAAUACGCGACGCGGAGGCGCCAGUUUGCUUCAUCGGCGUAGGAAGCCGCCCCCGUUGUGGCGUAGAUGGUUGUGUUGCUGGGAACAGUCGUCAUCAAGCGAGACCUAAACAAUACUAAUUAUAUAACUAAAUAGACUUAUAUACACUUCUUUAGAAUCCCUCUGUGAUCACAGGCACAGUCGUUCAUCUGUCUCUGUCAGAAUCUUGUAGCUAUUCUCAUUGAGAAAUAUUAUCUCGGAUGUGUGUAAGUAGAAAAAGAGAAAGAUAAAAGAGAGCAGCUAUAUAUACAUAUGUACAUAUAUAUUAAGUAUACUUUGUUAUUUAGAAACUUAAAAAGCGAUAAACACUUUACACACACACACACACAUACGAUUUUGCGCAUUGCUCCGACAUAAAUCAAUUCGUUGUGAAUCGUCAAAUGGUUUUUAUAUACGUUUUAUGUGUUUUUGCAAAACCGUGUAACGUAAACUGCCUGCGAACAACGCCAAGAUAAGAUAUGUUAGUUAGGAAACCACAUAGUGCCAGAGAUAAAAAUGUCUGAAAAUCGUAAAAACAAAAAAAAAAAAAAAAACAAAAAAAAAACGAGCGACUUGUACUUGAGAUUUGCUCAGUACAAAAUCGUAUCAUGCUCGUUUUUACGAUACACGCACAUAUUGAGCAGAGCUGCUGUUAGUUGAAAUAAUAAUACGAUUCUGACAGACGGAAGCGAGCGAGUGCCGUCCUCGUAAAAACAAAAAAAAAAAAAAUUCCUGAGGCCCGUCAUGCGGGUAAUAAUUUAUUGUAAUAUUACUCGUGUAUUAAUCGUUUAUUUUUGUUACUAGCAUAGUGAUUGGCCACUCGUUGGUUGUGAUUUUCGUCUAUAAUCUUCGUUUGUUGCGGUAUAUAUAAAUACAUUGGUUCCCACGCCCCCCUUCCUUUUUCUUAAACUCCCUCGCUGUCGCGAGUUUAUUCGGUCCUUUUCGCCGCGGAUCGUAUCGCGGCGCGGUAUGAUUGUACACGUAACGAUUGUAUAUUUUUUACUUGUUGCGUACAUAUAUAUAUAUAUAUAUAAAUAUAUAUAUACAUAUAUAUUUAUUUUUUAAUAUCUUUGAUAUAUAUAUAUAUAUUAUAUAUACAUCGGUAUGUUAGCUAUAGAGUAAAACAAGUAGCUUUAAUAUCCCGCCACACUUUUGCAGAUCGACAACUGUAAAACAUGUCACGUAUAUAAAAAAAAAAAAAAAAAUU